AUGUCUCCGCUCAUGAUGCUCCUCGCAUUCAUGCUUCCUCUGCUCACGACCGCUACUCAGACCCUCAAGGGGACAGACCUCCACACCCUGUUUCCCUCUGAUCCAGUGGGCGAUGUUCUCAACGUCACGCAAUGCUACUGUCAGAGUCCCGAUCCAUUAUCGCCAGAUGCUACCUUCGGCUACUACUACCUGUUCAACUACUGGAACUACCAUCUGAGCCGCAACUACUCCAUCUCAGUCAAUUGCACCUCGUCAGCGCCUCACAACUCCAAUGGUACAAAGCCCGCCAAAUGUAUGGACCACAUCAGCAAACAGAAGGAGGUCUGUACAGAAUACCUUGACGGCAACAAAUUUUGCUACAGAUUCAAAGAGGACGUGGACAAUGUCGACCAUAGCAAACCAUCAGCGAGCACAUUCGGUUUCAAUGGACAGAAGAGAAGAGUGCCGGGACAGGCUUCUGAUUUUCUGACAUUAUAUAACGUGACGCAGGACUGUGGUUUCUAUUGCAAUCAGGAGCUUGGCGGGUUGCUGACUUCUCCGACACCGGAGAGUCUCAUACCGGGGGUAGGCUCCAUGCCGCAGCUGAACGUGGACACGGCACCUCUGAGUUCCUUGGAUGCUGAAGAUUUCCAAGUAAUCCAUCAUCUAGACAACAUCUUUUCGCACCCUUCAAGCCUCUCUUCCGUCUCAAAAACCUCCAGAGCCCUACGCAUCUACCAACAUGAACUCGACCAAGAGAUCUCUGCCCAUGUGCAGCAGCAGUCGGCUUCCGAUGUCGAAAGCGUCAAGCGUAUACAGACCGCUCAGAAUGAUCUCGGCGAGCUCUUCCAGAAAGUGGAGGGAGUUCGGCAGCGAGCCAUUGAGACCGAAGGAGCGAUAACAGAGAUGACGGCCGACAUCAAACGGCUUGAUAAUACAAAGAGGAACCUUACACUUUCUAUGACGGCUCUGAAACGACUACAAAUGCUUACUACGGCCUACGAACAGCUCCGGGGACUCAGUAGCUCUCGCCAAUACCGAGAAUGUGCCCAGCUUCUACAGGCUGUGAUACAGCUCAUGGCCCACUUCAAAUCGUACCGCUCGAUCGAUCAGAUUGCUACGCUCAGCAAAAACGUGUCAGAUCUACAGAGGGAAAUGUUGGAGCAGGUUUGCGAGGACUUCGAGGUCACGUUUGCCAAGGGUGAGAUAGGACAGCGGAAAGGCAUGCUGGCGGAGGCUUGCUCGGUCAUGGAUGCUUUGGGGGAAAACGCCCGAGCGAGGCUCAUAACAUGGUAUUGCAACACGCAGCUACGAGAAUAUCGACAAUUGUUCAGAGGCAGUGAGGAGGCAGGGUCAUUGGACAACAUCUCGAGAAGAUAUUCCUGGUUCAAGAGAUUGCUCAAAACCUACGAUGACGAGCAUGCGGCCAUGUUUCCUCCGUUUUGGCGUGUCAACGAGCUGUUGGCCAAUGCCUUUUGUGAGACUACAAGAGAGGACUUCAGGGGCAUAUUGCAGAAGUCCAUGCGGAGAGCAGACGGGCAGACAUUGGAUGUGGACCUUCUGCUUUCUUGUCUUCAGGAGACUUUGGACUUCGAGCAUGGCCUUGAGCGACGGUUCACUAGUACAUCUCGCGCCUCUAUGGACACCUUGAGCUCGAACGACGAGAAAUCGCCAAUUUUCAGUCAGGCCAUCUCCGAGGCUUUCGAACCUUAUCUAAGCCUAUGGGUAGAAUCACAGGACAAGCAUCUCUCUACAAUGAUCCCGAAGUAUCGUGCUCAACCACCACGACAGCCGGACGAGGACUUCUCUCCACAGAUGGUUAUAUCGUCAUCCACUGAGUUGUUCAGCUUCUAUAGGUUGACGUUAGCUCAAUGUGCUAAGCUGUCUUCUGGUGCAAGACUUGUAGAGUUGACAAAGGUAUUCGCCAAAUAUCUAGAUCAGUACGCGCAACAAAUCCUUCUCUAUUACAUCAGCGAACGUCCGAGUGGGCAAACGCCGUCAAGGACGCCACAGAUCGAGGACAUUGUACUUGUCCUGAAUACUGCGGACUACUGCUUCAACACUAGUACACAACUCGAAGAAAAGAUCAAAAGUCGCAUUGACCAUGAUCUGAAAACUAGUAUUGAUCUUCAGAGUCAGGCAGAUGCUUUUAUGGGCAUCGCAAGUGCAACGGUCCGUGCCCUGGUACGCAAGGUGGAACUCGACAUUGAGCCCACAUGGCGAGAGAUGCGCAACACUGGGUGGAGCAAAAUGGAGAGCGUUGGAGAUCAGAGCUCGUAUGUCGCCGAGAUGCUUCAACGGGUUAAGUCAAGAGCCGGAGAAAUUCUGGGCAUGCUACAUAAGCAGCAAUACGCGAGGGCGUUCUGCGAUAACGUCGUUGAGCUGACAGCGAAUGCUUAUGUCGCCAACAUCUUCCAGUGCAAGCCUAUCUCGGAAGUCGGCGCUGAACAGAUGCUGCUAGACAUCUACGUCCUGAAGAAAGGCUUUGAAGACUUACUCACCUCCAACUCGCCGCCAAAGACAGCGGCUCCAUCUAGUUAUAUCAAGCGCGUCUCGCAAGCUAUGUCCCGCGUCGACCCUAUCCUGAAGACGCUGCAAGUGCGUCCCUCCCCACCGGAAGCGCUUGUUCAAGCGUACCUCAUCCACAUUGCCGACAAAUCCGAUGCCAACUUCCGCAAGAUACUCGAUCUCAAAGGCAUCCGAAAGCCAGACCAAGCGCAUUUAGUCGAGCUAUUCCAAGCUCAUCGCGCCUCUCCAAGGAACGAGGACCUUCAGCAGUCGUCCCCGCUUCUCACCCCCUUAGUGGUCGGAGGGGGUAGCGGUAGUGUUGGCGGAGGCGUUCCCAUCCCUACAGGCAUUGGCUCACUCUCCUCUGCUGCAAGCCUGAGCACCUCGAAUCUACCUGGCCGCUUUGAUCCCUCUACUUUUGGCAGUGCAAUCAUGACGGCUGCUAGAGACGGUGUAGACCGCUUUGGCACUCCGGCCUUAGGCUCGAGCAUGUUGAGUACGCCCGCUGAUUCAAGAAUGGCGAGUCCGCCGCCGCAAAAUCGCCGACCACAGUCUCCUGAUGGUGGGAGAGAAGCUAUUGCACCCGGAAAUCUGAACGAAAAUUUGAGGAAUAUCGGGAAGUUUUUUAAAAGGGACUUGACUGGAUUCGGUGGCCGUUUUGGAGCAGCAAAGGGUGUCGAAGAUGGGUAG